AUGGCUCUCAACCUCUUCACCCGCCUGUUCAGGCUGCCUGCUACGGCGCGCCCCAACUUUUCAGCUCUCAGCACCACUCUUCGCACACCGAUCGCCNNCCCCUCACCACGCGCAUUCAGCACAUCGUCACCAUUCUCGGCUACAUACAACCAAGUCAUGCGCGGCUGCCGUGUCGCUCAAAGAGCACGUAAACCUACUUCGCCGCAGUUGAAAGACAGACCUGAGAUGAAGNNGGGUGUGUGCGUGCGUGUGGGUAUCACCAAGCCCAAGAAGCCCAACUCGGGAGAGCGCAAGGUCGCAAGAGUCAGAUUAAGUCACAAUGUUCAGCAGCACUCUGUAGUCUUGGUCCGUGGCGGUCGUUCGCAAGAUUGCCCUGGUGUCAAGUACCAUCUUGUCAGAGGCGCCUUGGAUCUGGUAUGUUUUUUUCUCGUCUCUUUAGUAACCAUUUUACUGAUGAAAUCUACANNGGGUGGUGUUGGUAACAGAAUCACCUCGCGAUCCAAGUACGGCACCAAGAAGCCCAAGGCUGCCUAA